AUGAUCUGCAACGCUGCUUGCGAACACCGACGCGGCAGCGCAGAGCAAGACCCGGAUUUAAAGGAAGAAAUCGAUAUCCGGCUCUCGAGGGUGCAAGACAUCAAGUACGAGCCCCGGCUGUUAGCCGAGGACGACAGCCGGCUGCUGCAGCUGGAGGCACAAGGCUGCUAUAACUACCUGUACAGGAUGAAGGCGCUGGAUGCGAUCAGAACAUCUGAAAUCCCGUUUCACGCAGAGGGCCGGUACCCAAAGUCUUUAAUAGGGAAGAACUUCUGUGCCUACCUGCUGGAGCUGCGAAAUUCCAGCGCCUCCUUCAAAGGCAUCCGCAAAGCCUUGAUCGACACCUUGCUGGAUGGGUACGAGAGUGCCCGCUACGGCACUGGGGUGUUUGGGAAGCCGGAAUAUCUGAAGUACCAGGAUGCUUUGAAUGAGCUGGCGAACAUGUGA